UCCAAGUUCAUGGGUUCUUCAAACUCCAAUGCAGGAUCACAAGGGCUCUUGGCCUUGGCACAAAGACUCCGCCUUUAUAAGCCCCCUCCAUUCCCUGAAGACAUCUUGGAUCAAAUUAUGGAAGAAAAUGGAGGGAAGGUUGUUUCUCAAGUGAGUUACCAAGAAUCAACCAUUCCAAUUGCUCAAAACACAGCAAAAUUAAGAUACAAGAGAGCUGCUGUUUUGAUCUGCAUCUUUGAAGGGGAUGCUGGGGAUCUGAGGGUGAUACUCACUAAGCGGUCUUCCAAGCUCUCUACUUACUCGGGUGAAGUAGCCUUGCCUGGUGGGAAAGAAGAAGAGGGAGAUAAGGAUGAUGGGCACACUGCAAAAAGAGAGGCAAUGGAGGAAAUUGGGUUGGACCCCGAACUUGUAGAUGUUGUUGCUGUUCUUGAACCAUUUUUCUCUAAGUACCUCAUGAGGGUGGUUCCUGUCAUCGGCAUUCUUCAUGACAGAAAAGCAUUCAAACCUGUUCUGAAUCCAGCUGAAGUAGAAGUUGUAUUUGAUGCACCUUUGGAAAUGUUUCUCAAGGAUGAAAAUCGGAGUCAAGAGAAGAUACAGUGGAUGGGAGAGAAUUAUCUGGUACAUUUGUUUGAUUAUGAAAUCGAAAAUAAAAAAUACCUUAUAUGGGGUUUAACUGCUGGGAUCUUGAUAAGGGCUGCAUCAGUUGUGUACCAACGACCGCCAGCUUUCAUGGAGCAGAACCGUAUAUUCAAGGUUCCUCGGGAUUUAACAAAGGAUACUGUAAUGCAUUGA